AUGAGUUCACCGGCUCAAGACCAAAACAGAAUUGAUGCCAUCAAUAAAAACCUGAAAGCAGCUUACCAGAAGGAGAAGGUCUACUGGAAGCAAAGAAGCAGGACUUUGUGGUUGUCAUUUGGAGACAAAAACUCGGGUUAUUUCCACGCUAUAACUAGAGGAAGAAGAGCGAUAAACAAGUUUUCAAUUAUCGAGAAUAAAGAAGGAGAAUCUGUAUUCGAAGAAGGAGAAAUCGUACAAGUUAUCAAUACCUACUUCAAGGAUCUGUUCAUCACACGAUCAUCAAGCUGCCGGGAAACAAUCUCCCAAGCUACUAACCCUUGUAUCUCGCCUGAAACCAACGAGGCUUUGAUCGCAGACCCUACAACGGAAGAAGUCAAACUCGCAUUGUUCUCCAUUCAUCAUGAUAAAGCUCCAGGGCCAGAUGAAAGAGCCAUUUCAGACAAUGUAUUGAUAACUCACGAAACAUUGCAUUACCUGAAAAGAUCUGGAGCAACGAAGGACUGCUCCACGGCCGUGAAGACUGAUAUGAGCAAGGCAUACGACAGAUUGGAAUGGGAUUUCAUUGCAGCGGUUUUGGAAAGAAUGGGAUUUCAUGGCAAGUGGAUCAAUUGGAACUUUCAAUGUAUCUCAACUGUCUCCUACUCCUUUUUGGUCAAUGGAGCAGCUCAGGGGUUGGUGAUCCCCCAAAGAGGCAUCAGACAAGGAGACCCACUCUCCCCGUUCAUCUUCAUUCUCUGUGGAGAAGUCCUCUCAGGCCUAUGCAAAAACGCUCAAGCAAAGGAUCUCAAGUUUGGGGGUCUUUUGGAGCAUUCUGGAGCAUAUGGACAUAAGGAGCAUGGAGGGACUUGGCACAUGGAAGCAGCUCAACUGGAUACGCAAAGGAAGAAGGGAGAAGCCAUCUUGAAGACCAGCUCGACCGUCUACUCGACCAACCGGUCGAGUUCCUCAACUCGACCGGCCAAGCUUCAACUCGAUCGAGCUGAGAAGUCAACAGUGUAUGCGAACUCGAUCGAGUCGGUCUACAGAGGACUUGGUCGAGCUAGACUUUACAACGGAGGGGAAUGGAAACCCUUUGGGAAUGGACUCGGUCGAGCUAGGCAAACUCGACCGAUUGGUCAAGGAGAUGCUCCAAACCGCCACCAACAGAGACAAGGGAUUGUUCCACCACCAGUGCAGAACCACAACUUUGAGAUCAAGCUGGGAAUGAUCAACCUUGUCCAGAACAAGAUGUUCCAUGGAUUGCCAAGUGAAGACCCCAUUGACCACCUUGAUGAGUUUGAUAGGCUUUGUGAUUUGACAAAGAUCAAUGGUGUCUCUGAAGAUGCCAUCAAGCUGAGACUCUUUCCUAUGUCUCUAGCUGACAAAGCUCACCAAUGGGAGAAGAGCUUGCCCCAUGGCACAAUCACCACUUGGGAUGAAUGCAAGAAGGCCUUUCUUGCUAAGUUUUUCUCCACCGGUCGCACAGCCAAGCUUAGAGGAGAGAUAUCCAGCUUCAUCCAGCGAACAAUGAGACAUUGCGAGGCUUGGGAGAGAUUCAAGGGAUACACAGUCAAUGCCUCUCCACUCUUUAUAGAGGAUGCUUGCCUAAGGUAUAGGGAGAUGCUAGACACAGCUAGCAAUGGGAACUUCCUCAACCAGAUGUAG